GAGUCGCUGCUCUCCCCUCUGCCCUUAAACCGGAGUAGGCGCUCCCCCUGCCGCCGGUCUCGCUCAAAAAGUUGGCCCCCUUGCUCACUGUCGCUGGGGGCUGCUCGCUCCUCUUUCCCUACCCGCCAUGAAGCCGUGGCUCUUGCUCAGCUUGUUGCUGCUGCACCAAACCCUGCAAAAUGCUAUUGGUCAGUCUGUAAAGAACAAGCGCCCAAAGGAACCAGGAGAGAACAGGAUUAAACCAGCUAACAAAAAAGUGAAACCCAAAAAUCCCAAAUCGAAAGAGAGAGAAUCCACAGACUCAUCCCAGAAGAUCUACACCAUAAUGACACAAGUGAUGGAUAAAGGCCGCUUUCAGAAGCCUGCUGCUACUCUAACUCUUUCUGCAGGACAGGGUUUGGAACUGCGAUGUAAAGGGAAUAAAGUUGGGUGGAGCUAUCCUGCUUAUCAUGACACUUUCAAAGAUUCCAGACUCAGCGUCAAGCAACAUGAAAGAUACAGUCAGCUGAUCUUGGCAAAUUCCACUGCAGCAGACACCGGUGACUAUAGCUGUUGGCUACUCCUAUGCAAAGGUUACAACUGCAAGAAGGAUGAGUCUAAAACAGGCUCAACAUACAUCUUUUUUUCAGAUAAAGGGGAGCUCUUUGUUCCUUCUCCCAGCUAUUUUGAAGUGGUGUACCUUAACCCAGAUAGAUCUGCGGUGGUUCCUUGCCGGGUGACCACCCCAUCAGCAAAAGUAACUCUUCAUCAGGAGUUUCCAGCAGAAGAAGUCAGAGUGGAUGGAAUUAACAUUAUAUAUGAUAUAAAGAGGGGCUUUGUCUAUCAGCACCCAAAAUCUGAACACAAAGGGGUCGUUUAUUGUAGAGCCGAAUCAAGGGGAGCACCUCAGAUUUCCAUUAAAUACCAACUGCUUUAUGUGGAAGUCCCCAGUGGUCCACCUUCAACUACAAUUAAGGCAUCAUCUAACAGUGCAAGCGGCGGAGAUGAUAUCAGUGUUCUGUGCACAGUUUUGGGAGAGCCAGAUGUAGAUGUGGAAUUUAACUGGAUAUAUCCAGGGCAAGAGUAUGAAAGGCCUGUGAUUAUCCAAGACACUUGGAGGCUGAUCGACAGAGGAAUUGGUCACACCACAAGAAUCUCAGAAAGUGUUAUUAGUGUGGAAGAUUUUGAAACCAUUGAUGCUGGAAACUACAUUUGUGUAGCUCAGAACAUUCGAGGACAGACCACAGUCGCUACCCACAUUGAACUGAUAUGAUAUAUGAGCUUGAAAUAGAGCCAGAACAGGAAAUGUAUUGCUGGACUGUUUUUGGCGAGCUUUAACACACUGAACUUGAAGUAAGAUGUGGUCCUACUCUCUACAUUCCAAUCUUUUGCCUACCAGGUGCAUAGACCUAAGAUGCUGAUUGAUAAGUGGUGCAGCAAAAUGGCUGAACUAUGAACCAACUCAUCUCUAGUCUGAACCCAACUAGGUGGCCUCAUGGAAGCCAUCCUGUUAGUGGGUCUUUGUUGUCCUUCGCCUGGAGUGAAGUUCUGACCGACCUUAUGGGGUUUGGAUGUGAAAAUCCUUGAGCUCUGUGAUGUGUCUUAAACACUUGAAAGUGCCAUAUAAAUACUAACCAGGAGAGUCACCCAUUUUAGGAAACAAAAAUAGUAUUUCAUAUGAUGCAUCUCUGACAAUAUCGUUUAAUGCACCCACAACAUUAGCAUAAAAAUACUUGCUUCUUACAGAGCUGAACACAAAGGAAGAGGAUAUAAAAUCAUACUUGUAUCAUCAGUCAUGUUCAUCUGACAAGGAUCCCUGGUGCUGGUAUGGAAGUCUAUAAUUUCUCUCCAACAGCUUUAGUCAUCAAGAUAAAAUGCUUUUAAACUUAUGGUCGAAACCAUAGCAUGUGAGUUUUAAUGGCAUAAGUAUACUAGAUUAGUUUUUAAAGUUACACAUUAAAUAAAAUACUUUGCAACA